AUGGUUGAAGAUUUCAGCUCCUUAGAGCUUGAGGCUUCUCGUGAGAAGGUAUUCCAACAGGUAAACCUUGAGGAAACCGACAUUUCUGAACCGGACUCCAAUCAAGAGCACCAAUAUCCCGCUGUCGGUAAAGUGGUCGUCAUUGUUUUGGCGAUUUAUCUUGCGGCUUUCCUGGUGGCUCUUGACCAGACUAUUAUUGGAGUGGCCAUUCCAAAAAUUACAGACCAGUUCAAUAGUAUUCCCGAUAUUGCCUGGUAUGGCAGUGCCUACUUCUUGACGUCAACAGCGUUGCAGCCUUCUUAUGGCAGGAUCUACAAGAUAUUCAGUGUAAAAUGGUCCUUCUUGGCUGCGGUUGGCAUCUUCGAAGUAGGAUCUCUGAUUUGCGGUGUGGCUUCCUCCAGCACAGUACUGAUUGUUGGUCGCGCGAUUGCGGGAGUUGGAGUGGCUGGUAUCUUCUCCGGUGCUCUCAUGAUUAUCUCCAUAACUGUGCCACUAGCAAAGAGACCUCUCGUCUUCGGCGUAUAUGGCAUGGUUUGGGGAGUUGCUUCCAUUGUAGGCCCACUACUUGGUGGGGCAUUCACAGACGGUGCCACAUGGAGAUGGUGCUUCUACAUCAACCUCCCCAUAGGCGGUGUCUCCAUUGGAGUUGUCCUCUUGGUGCUUCGCCUACCCAAGAAUGACAAAGUUUCAGGAGUCCCUAUUCUGGAACGAAUCAAGGAGCUUGACGUGAUCGGCGCAAGCCUGCUCAUCCCCGCUAUCACCUGUUUAAUUCUUGCCCUUCAGUGGGGUGGAGAUGCCUAUUCCUGGAGAAGCUCACAGAUCAUCGGCCUCUUCGUAGGCUUUGGUCUGCUGUCUAUCCUUUUUGCUGGGUUCCAACUCUAUCUGAGCAAGCAAGACGAGAAAAACGCGACAGGUGAGAAAAGUGGAAGAGCAACUCUACCACCUUCGAUCCUCAAGCAGCGCACUAUCUGGUCCGCCGCACUGUUCGCAUUCUUCUUCAGCGGUGGCUUCUUCCUCCUAGUCUACUAUGUUCCCAUCUACUUCCAGAGUGUCAAAGGUUCUUCUGCCAUGACAUCUGGACUUCAAGUUCUACCAUUCAUGCUCGCUACUGUUGUCUCAUCCAUAGUGGUUGGCAUUCUGGUCACUGCAGCCGGCUACUACACACCGUUUUUGAUUUCCAGCACCGCAAUUGCUGCUGUCGGUACCGGUCUCAUGACUCUUUACGACGUCGACAUCUCAGAUGGAAAGUGGAUCGGAUAUCAGAUUGUUGUCGGCGCGGGUAUAGGUGCUGGCCUCCAAAUUCCAAUGACAGCUGUACAAACUGUGCUAAGUCCAGAGGACAUCCCUGUGGGAACAGCUGCUGUGAUGUUCUUCCAGACACUAGGUGGCGCCAUUUUCAUUGCGGUUGGCCAGUCUGUUUUCCAGAAUGGCCUCAUAGCAGGCAUUCGUGCUAAUACAUCUGGUGUUGAUCCCAGUGAGAUUAUUAGCGCCGGAGCCACUGAAACAAGACAUGUUUUGACUACCCUAGGCCAACUGAGUGAGUUGGAUGGCGUCAUUCAGGCUUACAUGAAUGGAUUGAAGGAUACAUUUCGUGUUAGCCUUGCUCUGAUGGUCGCAGCAUUUUUGGCGGCUUGCUGUGUUGAGUGGAAGAGUGUCAAAAAGAGCGAAAGCAAAGAUGACACAACAGUUCGUCCUUCAUGA